AUGGUACAAGCAGCAGUGGAAGGAGUACAAAUAAUUCGAGAACGAAUGUUGGCUGCUCAAAGUAGACAAAAGUCAUAUGCCGACAACAGACGCAGGCCCCUAGAGUUCGAAGUAGGUGAUCAUGUGUUUCUGAAAGUGUCACCAUGUAAAGAAGUACGAAGAUUUGAACGUGUACGAGCUGUUGCUUAUCGAGUGGCAUUACCACUAGAUUUUGAAGGGGUUAAUCUAGUGUUUCAUGUAUCCAUGCUCAGAAAAUAUGUUCAAGACCCUUCACAUGUGAUACAACAUGAUACGAUAUUGUUAAAGGAUGGGUUGAAGUACCAAGAGCAACCUGUAGCUAUAGUGGACUAUCAAGUAAAAAGCCUUCGCUCUAAAGACAUCGCCUUAGUGAAAGUAGUAUGGCAAAACCACUCGGUAGAAGAGGCGACUUGGGAACUAAAAGAGGAAACGCGAGCAGAAUAUCCAUAUUUGUUUCAGAGUUAA